AAGGUAUAAAUUGCAAUGGUAUUGUAACGAAACCGCUACAUUACCGACGUACCGUGUAUACAAUUUUUUUUAUGUGAAGUUAAUGACAAAGUGUGGAUUAACGCCAUGAAUUUUAAGAUAAUUGUGGCGUUGUGUUGUCACAUCGUAUACGUGCAGACGGACGUAGCAGCAGGUCAAAACGGUUACCUACCUCCACAAAAGCCGGGAUAUCCGGGCAAACCGCCACAGUUUCCAACCCAACGUCCACCGAUACUGCCACCAUUCCAGCCCGGUCCAUCGACGAAGCCACCCUUCGGUCCACCUAGUCAACCACCAACCUACGGACCGCCAAAACAGCCCCCGCCCACGUAUGGUCCACCGUUUCAACCGACCUCGCCGCCCUAUCGCCCCCCUGUAGGUCCACCAACGCAACGGCCCCCGUUUACGCCCAGUAAACCCGGUACUCAGUAUCUACCUCCAAGCAUACCAACCCCUAGACCUACAGGACCCAGUUUUAAACCAGGCCCUGGCCCAAUCCCCGAGUACAACGGGAACGGAAUUGGAGACGAUCACCAUGGCCACCAUGAUCACCACCACCACCACGAACCUGGAAUGCCUUUCGAUUUUAACUAUGCGGUAGUUGAACCGGAAUAUGGCAAUGAUUACUCGCACAACGCCAUCAGUGAUGGAGACGUUACCAAAGGAGAGUAUCAGGUGCUUCUGCCCGACGGCCGUAAACAAAUCACCAAGUACACGGCCGACUGGGCUACCGGAUUCCACGCUCAGAGUCCUCCGAAAUACGAGUAUGGAUACAUGGUUCUGCACGGUGACGGCGGAGUCGGCCAGGGCAAGACGGAGGCGGGCGUUGGCGCUGUCGCCUCAGGGAGGUACUACGUCGAGGGGAAGAAUUCCAGCCAGGAGGUCGAGUACGUGGCGGACGAUGGGGGAUACCAUCCGUAUGUGGAGUACAACAACCGAGGCCCUCACAGCCGAACAGUCGCCCAUAUGGCUAUGGAUAAGGCGGCCAUCAAUACUUUAAAUCACAAGCGAGGACAGCACGUCAAGGUUGCUCCUGAAGAGCAUUAUAAGCAAAACGUUGAGGAUGACACUCGGCCUGUUGUUCUCGAGAAUUUGUACGACCAAUCCGUGGUUGCCUCGGAUCAGGAGCGUGCAAGACCGGACACUCCUGCCCCUGUCCAAACAAGACAAUAUGGCGACUAUGACCAACCUCAACAGUACGUUUACCUGACGUACCCGACUCAAGAACCGAACGAGCCUCCUCAACAGCAACAAGUAUACGUCGACCAGCCUCAAACAUUGCAAACGCUCCAGCAGUACCUGCAGUUUCCUUACCUGGAUAACACUCACCAAACACUGAUUCACGCAAGCGACAACUUUUUAGGGCCACCUUUGCUGUACGAAGUCCCCAGUAUCUUCCCCCCACUGCACCAGCAGGAAAGCUACACUAACAAUUACGAUCAAUCGCCAACAAAAUCCUCCAGCUACCGUUUUUUAGACAACUUCAAACACUUGGUCAGCGAUCAGGACAUCGUCGACAUCAACCAUCAAUCGAGUCCAUCAGCAGACACCCCAUCAGUAGCCGAAAAACUCGUGCGGCCCGAAAAACAAAACGACCACCGAGUUUUCUCAGACCAACCCAUUGUCGUGGCAGACUUUCGAAAGGAACCACCACCGACAACCCACCCUCCACCACGCACCGAAGGUGGUACGACCGUAGUGGUAACCCCGCGUCCCAUUCAGGCGGCCUUGCUGGCUCCGCUGACCGCCGGCGUCGAAUUGCCGGUACCCCCUCAGGAAAAACGGGUAAAUAUCGUCCACGAGAACUACGUAGUCGACGUCCAGCCGAGUAUACCCUACUAUCUUGGUAAAAUUGAGUACUACAACGGCGACGGAGACGGUAAAAGCAAUAACGUCACCGCCACCGCGACCCAACACCUAAAGCUAGGCGACUUUUUACAACGGCCGAUUAUCGAUCGACCCAAGCGUCCAACUUUGGCCCAGGCGUUGGGGCGUGAGGCGCAGAAACCCAGCACCGCUCAAGAACCCCAAGAGUCCAAGUACCAUCAGAAGGUGGCGCAGGUUCCAGUGCCGGUACCGGUAAAGGUGGUGGAUUCGCCGAGACCUCAGUACAAUAUACCGAAACCGUACCCCGUCCCGGUACCCAUCGUGCAAACCUUCUACCUUCCGAUCGAGCCCCCCAAACUUUACCCGCCACUCGAGCCCAACUUUAAGAGGAAGCCCAAGAACCUAGCGGCCGCCGCCAGCGUGCAAUCGAACAGCAGAGUGCCCUGCGUGAACGUUCGCCUAUUCGGCGUUAGCAAGCCGAUUUGCGAUAACUACAUCGGCCUGGUUCCGCCAAAGGUGCAAGCCCCCCAGGUGUACUUUAACGCUACGAGGAGCGGCGAGCGAAAGCAGAGAACCGCGAGGGAGGACUUCGAGAGCAAGAUACGAUGGGAGUACGGCUUCAGGCCACCUCUGAUACCCUCGAUGGCGAUCGAUGAGGAUGGAAACCCGAUUGAGAAGCACACGAGAUAGAAGGCGUUUUUUUUUGUUAUUGUAGGUUUAUUAUUUAUUUGUUACGGUAGUUUUAGUUUUAAGUUUAUCGUUUUGUAGUUUUAGGUAUAUUAAAGUACAAUGAAUGAA